UGGACGCCCUCAGGAUGGAGCCUGGUGGAGUCCGAUGGUUGAGACCCGGUCUGAGGAAGUAUUCCUGUGAACUCUCACUCGACACAAACACAGCACACAGACAACUCAAACUGUCUGACAACAACAGGACGGUGACACAUGUGAGAGAGAAGCAGCCAUAUCCUGAUCAUCCAGAGAGGUUUGAUUACUGGUAUCAGCUGAUGUGUAGUGAAGCUCUGACUGGUCGCUGUUACUGGGAGGUCGAGUGGAGAGGAGGGGUUUAUAUAUCAGUGACUUACAGAGUAAUCAGCAGGAGAGGAGGCAAUGAUGACUGUUUGUUUGGAAGGAAUGAUCAGUCCUGGAGUCUGAGCUGGUCUGAUGGUGGUUACUAUGUCUGGCACAAUAAGAGAGAAACACACAUCUCCUCCUCCUCCUUCUCCUCCUCCUCCUCCUCCUCCUCCUCCUCCUCUGGUAGAGUAGCAGUGUAUCUGGAUCAUCCUGCUGGCUCUCUCUCCUUCUACAGAGUCUCCUCUGACACACUGAUCCUCCUCCACACCUUCAGAACCACAUUCACUGAACCUCUCUAUGCUGGGUUUACAGUUUGGUCUGGUUCCUCAGUGUCUCUGUGUCCUCUGUAGGAGGAAGAGUCUCCUCCUGUUCCAGAAACGUCCUCCCUGCUGCCCAGAUAGUUCAGUCUGUACAGGAUCACAGCUGAUGAAUAAUUUGUACCAUGGUGUACUUAUUAUGUGUUUUGACUUAUUGUGCUUCUUUAUUAUUAAUAAUGUCUUCCUACUUUGUUAUAUUUUAAGAAAGAGACAGAAAUCAGUUUGUGGCUCAGUG